AUGGCUGCGCGCUGCUCCGUUGGAUUACCUCUGCUCGUCUUGGGAUGGAUAUUGUACGCUGACAUUGUCGUGGGACUUAAAAAAGAUCCUCGUAGCCAAUUCUACAGUCAUGCAGUGGUGCAGCUCGCCAUUUAUUCCGAAAGCAGGGAGAAGAGGGACCUUCAGACUGUCAAGGUUCAUAAAGAGGAAAAGCUGACAGUGGGCUUUGUUGCAUUCAACAAAAAUUUCGUCCUGGAGUUGCAAAUGAAUACAGAUCUGCUACCUAGCCAUUACUUCGAAGAGCACCAUGAAAAUGGAUUUCGGGUCACUAGGUUACCAAUGAAGCAGGAUCCAACUCAUUGUCAUUACCAAGGUCAUUUAAAGGGCAUAAAUCACUCUUGGGCUGCCAUCAGUACAUGCAAUGGCAUUAGUGGUGUCAUUUAUGAUGGAAAUGAGCUCCAUUACAUCCAGCCAAGCUCUGUAGAUGACACUGAGAACCAUCUAGUGUUCAGGGCUUCUGACUUAAAGCCACAGAACCUCACUUGUGGCGUUUCUAAUGAAGGGCAUUCCCCAUUAAAAUCUCCUGUGCUGGAGAAGUUGAAGAGGAACAGGCGUUCAACCAUUUUGCAAGAUCCUUACAAGAGCAAUCGGAACUCCAGAUACGUGGAAUUGAUUAUUGUAAAUGACAACAAAGAGUUCAAAGAGUUUAAUCAAAACAAAAACGCAGUGUUUGAAAGAAGCAAAGAAAUAGCUAACAUAGUGAAUGGGUUGUAUUCGCCUUUGAAUAUUUACAUUGCACUGGUUGGAGUGAUUGUUUGGUCUGACCAUGAUGAGAUCAAGCUGUCACCUGAUGGAGAUGCAACACUCACCAACUUCUUACACUAUCGGAGGGAACGCUUAGCUCGAGAACAUCCCAACGAUAAUGCCCAGCUCAUUACGGCUAUGACUUUUGAUGGAGGUGUCGUCGGAAAAGCCCUUAAAGGCGCCAUAUGUACCUUUGAAUAUUCGGCUGGUGUGAACAUGGACCACAGUCAUGUAGUGGGUCUAGUUGCCACCACAGUAGCUCACGAGUUGGGCCACAACUUUGGCAUGGAGCAUGACUCUCCUGAAGAAUGUCAAUGUCCAGAUGAAAAGUGCAUCAUGGCUCCAUCCUCCAGUUCCACUAGUCCCAGACGUUGGUCCUCCUGCUCCCUUCAGUACCUGGAUCUUGCAUACUCCCAAGGCAUGGACCACUGCCUCCAGAAUCGACCAUCAGGUAUUGUUGGGCCUGUAUGUGGCAACAGCUUCCUGGAGGAUGGGGAGGAGUGUGAUUGUGGCCUCAAAGAGUUUUGUGACAACCGCUGCUGUAAUGCCACCGCUUGCCGCUUGUUCAGUAAUGCCACCUGUGCCAUGGGUAGCUGCUGCGAUCUUGACACAUGUCAGGUGAAGAAGGUAGCCUUCCCCUGCAGGGACUCGACCUCUGAGUGUGACCUCCCAGAGUUCUGUGAUGGGAUCUCAGAGUUUUGUCCUGCAGAUACUUUUCGCCAGAAUGGAGAGGAGUGUGGGGAUGGAAAGGCAUACUGUUAUGGAGGCCAUUGUCGAUCUCAUCUGGACCAAUGCAAGCUGCUGUGGGGCAGCACAGGAAAGAUGUCAGAUCUCCGCUGCUAUGAACAGAAUUUCAAGGGAAAUGUAAAUGGAAACUGCGGCUUCAACCGUCUCAACAAGACAUACAAAGCCUGUAGGAAAGACGACAUCUUGUGUGGGAUGCUGCAUUGUACCCAUUUAAAUGAGAGACUGGAGUAUGGGAUGGAGUCUGCGGCCAUCCUGGCCCGCUCUUUCAUCAAUGUGAAGGGCAAAAUCUAUACCUGCCGAUCUGCCAUUGUGGACCUGGGGCUCUUUGACUCCGACCCGGGACUUGCCCCCAAUGGGGCUAAAUGUGGGGAUGAGAAGAUAUGUGUAAACCAGAAAUGCGUCACAAUUCAGUCCAUAAAGGUGACAGAAUGUCCACAUGAGUGUAACGGCAAUGGGAUGUGCAACAACAAGGGCAACUGCCACUGUGACAAGGGAUAUGCGCCCCCAUACUGCGAUUCUCCAGGCCCUGGGGGCAGCUUCGACAGUGGACCAGCUUCUGAUCCAGGAGGCUAUUUUAUUGUGGUGACCAUGUAUGUCAUCUUCCUGGGUCUCUUGCCGCUGAUAGUGUUUUCUGGAGCUGCCAUUUACUAUUAUCGCAGCCACCUGAAGACAUGGUGGUCCAAGAAGGCACAUAAAGCUACUAUUAAGUCCAGAACAGCGACAACCACACAGAGGAAAGUCCAGCCGCCAACCAAGUUCAAUUUUGAUCGAAACAGCCUGCGUAACCUGGAAAUAUCGGCUCCGAUCCAGAUCCCGCCUCCCGCCACCUUCGGGCCCGGCACGACGCAGAUGCCCGGCCUGCCUCAGCAGGUGAUCCAGAAUGGACCGGAGCGAUACGGCCAUUCCCACUUCUUGCCGUCGAAUGAGGCUGCCCAAGACAAAGAGAAAGUGCUUCCCGUGAGGCCGGCUCCCCCCAGGCCCGAUGCUGCCCCUAAAAGAACGCCCUCCUGGAAUGUGCCCAAUUCCGUUUCCAACGUCAGCAGGACGGCCAGUCUCAGGAGCCCGUGCGACGCGAGGCCCUUCGGAACGAUGACCUUCAGGCCCAACUGCCCGCCCCCCAGGCCUCCCCCUCCGAAGAUGGGGGCCGAGUACGAAGAUGUUCCGCACAUCGACGAUCCGGGUAGACCCUCCACUCCUGGUUCGGGCUUCUACGACGACUGCCAGACGCUGGAUUUCAGCGACACCCCCCUGGCCUUCGUUCAUUCGCCCGACGAACCCCCCACGAGCAGGGGGGUGGUUGCUCCACACAAACAGACACCUGUGAUUCAAAAACAGACAAUCCAAAAACAGUCUGUGAACUCAAAUAAAAGUCAGAGUACGGCGAAAUCCAAAGUGCUGCCUCGAGCUCCCAGGACAGCAGAAAGCUCUCUCGUGGCAUCACUGGCUCAGAGGUUCGAGCAGCGAGAAAGCCCCGCCAUAGAUAACUCGAGUGCUUCGAGGCCCCCCUUCAAAUCUAGGCCGCUGCCUUCGAGACCCGAUGACCCUCGGGUGUAA